AUGACCUUCCCGGCCUCGCCCGCCCGGGAGGCACUGGAGGAGUGCGCGGUGCAGCGCUGGCUGCCUGUGUACAGGAGGCAUACCUUUGAGACACGACUGAUUUCUGUGGACAAAGACCUUUGCAACUGGCUCGUCAGCGAUGGGGUGUCUGCCUCGGGCGAUAAUCGAGCGUUCGGGACCAGGGCACCCCGGGACCUGGCCGACCCAGACCAGCAGGGGUGGGAGUCUGACAGCGAGGAGGGCGACGGCUCCCACUCCGGCACCCCUCCUCCCGCCUCCCUCCCCACCCUCCACGCCUCCCUGGCCUCCGCCAUCGCCGAGCUGGGGGGCCGCGUGCACCCCAAGUUCACCUGGAGCUGCCCCAAGGACGCAGUCUGGCUGUCACCCGGCAACACCCUGGCCUGCACCUCCCCAGACGAGGUCCUGCUCCUCCUCCGAGCCUCGGACCGUGUGGCUCACGACGUUGCCGCCGCGCCGGCAGAUUGCCCGCAUGCCAUCGUGCUCCGGCGGUGGCGGGCGCUGGACCCUGGGCGCGAGUUCCGGGCGUUUGUGGUCGGCGGGCGGCUGGCGGGCGUGAGCCAGCGCGACCUGACCCAGGAGUUUGGCUGGAUGCAGGACCCCGGCACGCGCGCCGACCUGCUACACCUUGUCGCCGCCUUCUUCGACGACCACCUGCGCGCCAGCUUCCCGCUGCACGACUACGCCUUUGACGUGUAUGUGAGCUCGGGGAGGAGCACGCUCAAGCUGCUGGACUUCAACCCGCCGGGGGGCACCACUUCUGCGCUCCUGUACGACUGGGAGGAGCUGGGGUGGGGUGGGCGGCGCCAUUGUGAGGCUGAGGAUGGCGCGGGGCCUCUGAAGGCGGAUGGCACUGCGGCCAUGGCGGGGCCAGAUGGCGGCGUGGCCUCGGGAGGGCCGGCGCCCAGGCAGGCGACCGCAGGGCCUCCGACGCGAGACGCCCCGGAGGCUCUGCUGCCCCCCUGCGUCGAUGCGACAUACCUGCAGCAGCUCAGGGCGGCCCAGGGUCGAAGAGAGGACUCUGGUUUGCCACGCUCGCCCAGCAGUCAUGCGAGCACCACUGGCGCUAUCCCUCCCGGCCAGCCUCCACCUGGCCAGCCUACGCCCGGUCAGGCUCCGCUGGAGCUCAGGGUGGUGCAGGGAGGCCUGCAGCUGCGUCCGCACCUGGCAGCCUACGGCGUCCCCUUCGACUUUGUCGACACCUCUGAGGGCAGCGCGCUAAGUCAGCUGCUGGCGAACGUCGGCGUGCCCUCCGACCUCUGGCAGGAGCUGAAGAGGCAAGGCGCUGCGGCGUCGUAG